AUGACUCUGCGCGAGGAUGAGGUGACAGUCGUCCCCGCGGCGCCGUUUCAGCAUUGCGGGUGGCACAUGUAUGAGGGGCAGACGGAGGCCAAAGAGGAGGUGCGCCGUGCCGCGGGGGGCGACGUCAACAGCGACGGAGGCGGCAGCCACGGCGCGGAGGGCGCGGGCGUCAGGGACGCGUCUCCGCUGUGCCAUUUGAACGAGCAGCAGGAGCAGGAGAAACAACAGCAGGAGCAGGAGCAGCAGGAGCAGCAGGAGCAGCAGGAGCAGCAGGAGCAGCAGGGCGCCUUCACGGAGAAGUUUCUGCGGCGACGGGAGGUGUUGGCCCUGCAGGAGCUUCUGGCGGAGGUGCGGGCCCUGAUGCACGGCUGCUGCCUGCCCGCGAUGGACGUGGAGGUGAUUGAGGCGCACCUCAUCGUCCCCGUGGAGCGCGCGGCGAGGAGGCCGGCGGCGACGCCGGCAAGCCAGUCGUCAAUGGAGGCAGCACGCGCCCACAAGACGCCGGCGACGGCGCGCCCACAAGACGCCUGCGGCGUCCGCAGCGUGGGCAAAAACGGCGGCUCCUCCGCAGACAUCCCACCAGCCCCCUUGCAGGGCUCUGCGUCGGUCUCACCCGCGACGACGGUGUGCAAACCUGCGGGCGCCGUCGCCCGCCAAGACGCGGGGGGCCGGCACGCGGGAAGGCAGCGUUCGCCCGAGGCGAGAAUGGGGCGCGUGCAUGCGCCUAACCGUGCCAACGGCUCUGCGGCGAAGCGGGCGGCAGGGACACUCGAAGGAAAGCGACACUUGUCGGCGGAGCCCACUGCCACGGCCAGCGACAGCGAUGCCGGCCGCGUGGGAGACGCGGGGCUGCGGGAAACCGCCGUGACGGACAUGAUGCAGCUGCGCUGGCUGCUUCAUCGGCACAUGGCCCGCACGCUCGCCGUGCUGGCCGCAGUGGACCAGCGGGAGACGAUCAUGUCCGAGCUGCGAGAGUUUUUGGCGAUGGCCGCGGCAGAGCUCCACAUCAAGGGGGCCUCCGGCGACGGCGGUGGCUCCGGCAGCGAAAACGCAGCGCAAGGGUGUCUCUCGCGCAGUGGCUCGGUGCGGCCGUGGGCGACGCAGGCGCGGCCGAACCCGCGGUUGCUGUCGCCGUGGCCCCUGCUCGACUCGCCGCCCCCGCCGGCCUCCGUGCGUCCCCGGCGCCCCGCAUCCUCCACCGCUCAGGCCACCGUGGGCAUCCCACGCGUUGGCACGGCGGUGUUGCAGCGGCGCUACUACCGCCGUGGAGUGCUGUACUUUAUGCGGGAGCUGCAGGAGGUCUCCGUGGCGCUCCUGAAGGCCGUGCGGCAAUGGCGGGAGAUGCUCAGCGGCAGCUACCCGUUUGUCGUCAAGGGGAACAACUACCUGCUCCAGAUGACUCUCGAGAUGGCGGAGCUUGCGCAGGAGCCCGUGCUGCGGAGGCUUUUCCCAUCGCGCGCCGGGGCGGGCAAAGGCGCGGCGGCAAACAUGGACGCCUCCGACGUCGACCCGGAGACCGUCGCGUUCCCCGACUCCCUGCAGUACUGCCCGCUUCUCUCGAACAUGCCGAACCUGACGGAGUACACCAAGCCACCGGCGCGGCCCGCCAGCGGCGCCACGCCGGCGCCCGCGGAGUGGGGCGAGAGGGAUGCCGAAGAUGAAAUAGACCGCCUCCAGUCCCCGACGCAGGCGUCGCACGCCGCUGGCGUUUGUCGGAGGCACAGGCCGACAGGGAAGGGCGCCGUGGCUGACGUUGCGUACACACGUCGCGUCUGCGCUGCGGAGGCCGCCCUCCAUCGGGAGCUGCCUGUUCAGCUGCAGCUACUUCGGCGCAGCCUCGUUUCCUGCGCGGAGGGGCGCUACCCGCUGCUGCUGCGCGGCGUCGGCGAGAUGUGCGGCUCCCGCGACAAGAUGGUGCGGCUGCGGUCCCGCCAUCGGCAACGCGAGUGGUACUGGCGCCUGCACGACAUGCUCUCCUGCCUGGAGGCGGGGAGCGCUGCGGUUUGUAAGGAGUAG